AGCGCGCGUUUUCACCGCUCCGCUCGUCACCGUGCUCGCGUUGAUCCUUGUCGAUCUUGUCGGCGAAGCAUCCAUCGAAAGACCGAAGUUAGCGACAAGUAACGCACGUGUCGAAGAUUUCCGUAAAAAAAGAAAAGAGACCCCGAAAUGCAACCUCAAAUAAUCCUACUAAAGGAGGGCACAGACGCGUCCCAGGGAAAGCAGCAAGUGAUAUCUAACAUAAAUGCAUGUCAGAUUGUUGUGGACGCCGUCAGGACCACCCUGGGUCCUCGUGGCAUGGACAAGCUCAUAGUUGAUCAAAAUGGAAAGAGCACUAUCUCCAAUGAUGGAGCUACCAUUCUGAAAUUGUUGGAUAUCAUUCAUCCAGCUGCAAAGACUCUAGUGGAUAUUGCAAAGUCACAAGAUGCAGAGGUUGGAGAUGGCACGACCAGCGUGGUUUUGUUAGCAGGGGAGUUUUUGAAGCAGAUGAAACCGUUUAUAGAGGAAGGCGUGCACUCGCGUAUAAUUAUCAAGGCCCUGCGCCGCGCGCUUCAGAUAGCCAAGGAUAAAAUUAACAAGCUGAGUGUCAAGAUAGAUAAAAGUGACAUGAGCAAGCAGAUCGAGCUUCUAGAGGAAUGCGCGGCCACGUCCAUGAGCUCGAAAUUGAUUCAUCAACAGAAGAAACAUUUUAGCCAACUGGUCGUCAAGGCCGUCAUGAUGCUAGAUGAACUACUUCCUCUUAACAUGAUCGGCAUUAAAAAGGUUUCUGGAGGCGCAUUGGAAGAUUCGGAGCUGAUUCAAGGGGUGGCCUUUAAAAAAACCUUUUCAUAUGCCGGAUUCGAGAUGCAACCUAAAAAGUACGAGCAGUGCAAGAUCGCGUUGCUGAAUAUCGAGUUGGAAUUGAAGGCUGAGCGGGACAACGCAGAGGUGCGCGUGGAUAAUGUGGCGGAGUAUCAGAAGAUCGUCGACGCUGAAUGGCAGAUUCUUUACGACAAGCUUGAUCAGAUUCACAAGAGUGGUGCGAAAGUGGUGCUGUCUUCGCUGCCAAUCGGCGACGUCGCGACACAGUACUUCGCGGAUAGAGACAUGUUCUGCGCUGGCAGGGUGCCCGAGGAGGAUCUCAAGCGAACGAUGAAGGCAUGUGGCGGUGCAGUUUUGACGACGGUACACGAUAUCAAGGACUCCGAUCUUGGAAGCUGCCAGACUUUCGAGGAGAAGCAGAUCGGUGGCGAGAGAUACAACAUCUUCUAUGAAUGUUCACGAGCUAAGACGUGCACAUUUAUUCUGCGCGGUGGCGCGGAGCAAUUCCUGGAAGAGACAGAGAGAUCCCUUCACGAUGCAAUCAUGGUUGUCAGACGCAUGGUAAAGAACGACGCAGUGGUCGCCGGCGGUGGUGCUAUCGAGAUGGAACUCUCGAAGACCCUGCGCGAUCACUCGCGCACCAUCGCUGGAAAGGAACAGCUCCUGAUAGGAGCAAUAGCGAGAGCUCUCGAAGUUAUUCCUAGACAACUGUGCGACAAUGCUGGAUUUGACGCAACGAAUAUUCUGAACAAAUUGCGCGAGAAGCACCACAAGGGCCAACAGUGGUACGGUGUCGAUAUUAAUUCGGAAGACAUUGCGGACAACAUGCAAUGCUGCGUCUGGGAGCCGGCGAUAGUGAAGAUCAACGCGUUAACCGCCGCCACGGAGGCUGCCUGCCUCAUCCUUUCUGUCGACGAAACUAUCAGGAAUCCCAAGAGCAGCCAGGACGGUCCACAGCCACCGAUGGGACGUGGCAUGGGCAGGCCGAUGUAAUCUGUCUAUGUCCGUUUAAUUUCAUCGAGACUAACAUUUAAAAAAAAACCUAUGUUACGUAAACGAAAGGCUUAUAAAUAGCUUAUGCGAAUGCGAGCGGUUUAUGCCACAUUUCCGCAGCCUUGUGUCUCUUAUCGUCUUUUGUACAUGCUAAUAUUUAUAACUAAUCACAAAAAGAUAAUGGGCAAUGAAUUUCCUGUUUAAAAUAAAGGCUUAUUGUUCUUUAAAUACGCAAAAA